AUGGCCGGCGAAACAGGGCCGAUCAACGUCUCGCGAACGAUCGCGAUGGUGAUGGCAGCACUAUUCGCUCUGGCAUGCUGGAACGUCCUCGAAAUUAUCAUUGCCACCUUCACCACAUUCAGGCACCGUCAAGGAGUGUAUUUCUGGAGCAUGCUCAUCGCCUCCCUGGGAACAUUACUCCACACCAUCUCGGGUUUUCUGCGCUACUUUUCACUCGCGCCUAAUUUCCCUAUGUGCGUCUUGAUCUGCAUUGGAUGGUAUGCUAUGGUAACAGGGCAGUCGGUAGUUCUCUACUCAAGACUGCAUCUGGUCACGAGCCAUACCCAGUACCCUCGAUUCGUGCUGUACAUGAUCAUAUUCGACGCCUGCGCUUUUCACAUUCCGACCACGAUUCUCUUUCUCGGCAGCAACCACGGCGUUAACAGUUUCAUCGCCCCCUUCAAUAUUUACGAACGCGUUCAAUUGACGGGAUUUUCCGUCCAAGAAACCAUCAUCAGCGCCCUCUACAUCUGGGAAACUCUCACGAGCCUUCGACCUCUUUUAGCCCUCAAAGGUCCACGCGGCCAACGGGUCGUGUUUAAUGUUAUUUUUGUCAACGCCGUCGCGAUUCUACUCGAUGUCGCUCUCUUAGCAACUGAGUACACCAACAACUUCGACAUCCAAACCUCCUUCAAACCUCUCGCUUACAGCAUCAAGCUGAAAAUGGAAUUCACAGUGCUCAAUAGCCUGGUCGCUGUUAUACGCACUAAUCCUGCGGCACUGGGCGAAAUUGAAAGAUCUCAGCAUGAGGAUCUUCACAUUCAGCCAAGGUGGAGUGCUGAUCACUCCGCUCACUUCGAUCUCGAUGCCGACUCAAGAUCACUCAGCAGGAUGACUCGACGGAAGGAUUUUUCCAGCUCGCAGCCUGAAUGGCAUGGCUCCCGAACCUCGGAUUAUCCUAUGCUCUCUAUCAAAUCUGCUGGAUCAUAA